UAGAGAAAUAUAGAAAAACGGAAUAUUUUCGAUUGACGUUUCAGGAAGUGUAGUGGAAAAAAUGUUAAAUUUAUUUUAUUUCGCUGUCAUUUUUACGGUCCUAUGCCAGUCCCUCCACGCUGCCCCCAGCUCCCCGGGUGACAUCUUGACAAGUGCUGAACGCACCCACAUACGUUCAGUGUUGGAUGAGACCAAAGAAAAUGCCGGUCGAAUGGUGGAGAUCAUUGGAAAAGUUCUACCACAGCUCCCAAAAUCACCCGACUAUGAUGAGGUCCAAAAAAAUCUCGAAGAAUUUCAACAAAUCGCCAAAGAGUUCUAUGAAGUGAAAUGUCGUUGCCGUAAAAAGGCUAUGCAGUUCUUUGAUUAUUUUUCACAAUUUUUGGAAAAUUAUUCGGAGAAUGGGGUGUUGACAGUGGAGGAGAAGGAGGCUGGAAAAUUGCUCGAUGAUUCCGGUCUAAAGGAGAUGCGAGAGAAUUUCCAGACGAAAAAGGCCAAGGGGGAAUAUGAAUAUUUGACGGAUUGAAAGGGAGAAAGAGACGUUGUGUAGUUUUCCGAAAAAUGCAGAUUGAAAUAUUUUCUUAAACAUUUCAUUCCCAAUAAAAUUAAAAGAAAAAAAUCAUUAGAAUUUUUAAACAUAUAA